UAAGCAGCUCCUCUCUGGAACCAAGCGACAGGGCUUCUCUGCUGGUGUUCAUUAGAAUAGAUGUCAUGGCAGAGCUUGAUGACAUAGACAACUGGCUCUUUGACAACUCCAGCGACAGCAGCCAAGAGCAUGAGCAUUUCCUGCAGUUCAGCAAGGUCUUUUUGCCCUGCAUGUAUCUGGUAGUGUUUGCCUUUGGCCUAGUAGGGAAUUCACUGGUGCUGGUCAUAUACUUCUUCUACCAGAAGAUGAAGAGCUUGACGGACCUGCUCCUGAUGAACCUGCCCCUGGCUGACCUGGUGUUUGUCUGCACCCUGCCCUUCUGGGCCUAUGCAGGCACCCAUGAGUGGGUCUUUGGUACAGUCAUGUGCAAGACUCUACGUGGCAUCUAUACUGUUAAUUUCUACACAUCUAUGCUCACUCUCACCUGCAUCACAGUGGAUCGUUUCACUGCAGUUGUUCUGGCAACCAAGGCCUUCAACCAACAGGCCAAGAGGAUGAUGUGGGGCAAGGUCCUUUGCUUUAUCAUCUGGGUGGUCUCCUUGUUGGUUUCCUUGCCACAGAUCAUCUAUGGCAAUGUCAUGUAUCUUGACAAGCUCAUCUGUAUCUACCACAAUGGAGCCAUUUCCACUGCAGUCCUUGCCACACAGAUGACUCUGGGGUUCUUCAUGCCACUGCUCACUAUGGUUGUGUGCUACUCAGGCAUCAUAAUGACCUUGCUUCAUGCUCGAGGCUUCCAGAAGCACAAGUCACUGAAGAUCAUUUUGCUGGUAGUGGCUAUGUUCCUGCUGACCCAAACACCCUUCAAUCUCGCCAAACUCAUCCAGAGCACAAACUGGGAGUACCAUGCCAUGACUAGCUUUAAGUAUGUCAUCUUAGUGACUGAGGCCAUUGCAUACUUGCGGGCCUGCCUUAAUCCUGUUCUCUAUGCCUUUGUUGGCCUGAAGUUCCAGAAGAACUUCUGGAAAUUUGUGAAGGAUGUUGGCUGCAUCCCUUACCUUGGGGUCUCAAGUCAGUGGAAGUCUUCUGAGGAGAAUUCCAAGACUUGUUCUGCCUCCCACAAUGCAGAGGCUACUAGCAUGUUCCAACUGUAG